UUACAUUUGUUUAAAUAAAUAAAAUGAUAUAGUAAUUAGUAAGAUUCAAAAAGGAAAAAUAAACAAACGUCCAAAACAAGGAAAAAUAAACAAACACAUCUCGAUUCAUGUUCCUAUGCUUGGCUGAGUUGUUGGCCCAUCUCAUCAAAACGUCAUCUUAAUACGUAAUACAUGCAACGACCUAAACUUAAUUAGCUCAAGCGAUGGAUAUUAGCGUCUGUUAUACGUUGGUAGAAAAAAAACUUACGUUAAGAUUAAAUCCACGAAAUGUUAUGAAAAGUAUUUACCCAAAUUUCAGUUCCAUUAAUGUUUUUUUUUAUAUAACAUGUCUUCUUUUCAGUUUAAUAAAUGAUAACAUGUUACGAUGUUCACUAUAUAUUCAACUCUAAUCAGUCUAAUCACCAAACACAUUCUCAUUUCACCAAUUCAAGAAAGCAAGAAAAUCAUUUAAAGGCAUGGAGAUUCACGGAGCUCUAGUGGCUAGUCCGGGCAUGGGCCACGCAGUACCCAUCUUAGAACUUGGCAAACAUCUCUUGAACCACCACGGUUUCGACCGUGUUACUGUAUUCCUAGUCACAGAUGAUGUCCCACGCUCAAAAUCCCUAAUUGGUAAAACGCUGACGGAAGAAGAAGAUCCAAAGUUCGUGAUCAGGUUUAUUCAGCUCGACGUUUCUGGUCAAGAUCUCACCGGUUCGCUUUUAACUAAACUAGCAGAGAUGAUGAGGAAGGCAAUACCGCAGAUAAAGUCUGCGGUCAUGGAGUUAGAGCCAAAGCCUAGCGUUUUCGUCGUUGACUUGUUGGGCACGGAAGCUUUAAUUGUGGCUAAGGAGCUUGAGAUCAUGAAGAAACAUGUUCUUGUUACUACAAGUGCUUGGUUUCUAGCUCUUACGGUUUACAUGGCGAGUCUUGACGAAGGGACGUUGUUUAAGCAUCUGAGCAGCAACGGAGCGUUGCUUAUACCGGGAUGCACCCCGGUUAAGUUUGACCGGGUUCAAGAUCCGAGUGGUUACGUCCGUGAACUCGCUGAGUCACAGAGAAUUGGGCUUGAGGUAGUAACCGCAGAUGGGGUGUUUGUGAACACGUGUCAUAGUUUGGAGUCAGUGACGAUCAGGUCUUUCUUGGAUCACAAGAAACUCGGUUUGGUUAUGAAAGGAGUCCCGGUUUACCCUGUUGGACCGCUGGUUAGACCAGCGGAACCGGAUUUGAAGCAUGAGGUUCUGGACUGGCUUGACUUGCAAGCCAAGGAAUCUGUUGUUUAUGUCUCUUUCGGAAGCGGUGGAUCACUAACAGCUGAGCAGACAAUGGAGCUGGCUUACGGUUUGGAGUUAAGCGGGUUUAGGUUUGUUUGGGUGGUCAGACCACCGGCUGAAGACGACCCGUCAGCUUCAAUGUUUGACAAAGCCACGAACCAGACCGAACCACUUGACUUCUUACCGGAAGGAUUUUUAGACCGGACCAAGGAUGUAGGUUUGGUGGUCAAGACCUGGGCCCCGCAAGAGGAGAUCCUUGCACAUGAAGCAACGGGAGGGUUUGUGAGUCACUGCGGAUGGAACUCUGUUUUGGAGAGUAUAGUGAACGGUGUGCCGAUGAUAGCUUGGCCUUUGUACUCGGAGCAGAAGAUGAACGCGUGGCUGGUCUCAGAGGAGCUGAAGAUCGCUGCUAGGGUUGAUGUUGGGAAUGGGAUUGUGAAGAAAGAAGAGAUAGCUGAGAUGGUGAAGCGAGUGAUGGAUGAAGAAGAAGGCAAAGAGAUGAGGGAGAAUGUUAUGGAACUCAAGAAGAAGACAGCAGAGGAAGCUGUCAAGAAUCUCUCAACGCCUCAGGCUGCUUACUUAACUCAAUACUAA